AACGACUUGUGAGCAUUUUGUUAAAGUCUCGAGACCGAAGUUCACGAGAAGACACUGAUACACGCUCUCGAAAUGAUGGCACUGUGGUCAAAGAAAUUCUCGUCUAAUGUACCAAAAAUUGUUGUUGACGCUUUUAAAAAGGGCAUGGCGGCGAAAACGUCCACUGCUGCAGUGCGUACUGCCUAUAUCAAGUUAUUCUUCUCGAUUUCCGCCUCUUCGUACUCGGACGUGAUAGCACCGAUUCUUGCGCAGGCAAUAACAAGAGCUACUCAGCAAUGCGCGCAACCAGCGGCGGUAACCGAAGGUUUGGUCGCUUCGUAUUUGCUACUCAAAUUCGUAUUAGCUGACCAAGUGGAGAAUGACAAACAGAGCGUGUUAUGGAAUGCGAUAGACGAGCAAAUAUUCUUUUCCGAAAAAUUUCUGUCGACGUGCAGCGACGAUAUUUUGUACCAUCUUAUAUUACUCUGUGAACGUCUUAUCACUGAAUUUUCCGAUAAAUUGAACGAGAAAGCUCUAACUGGGAUUCAUCGAGCGAUCGUGUCUUGCGCCACUGCCCCAAAUUCUACGACAAGACAACGGUGUUCUCCGUUAGUCAAGAAAAUUAUGACCGGUUUGAGCACGUACGCGCCAGCGCAGGCAUCGUUAACAGAGUUUAACAAAUUUUUGGAAAACGUUAAAAUCAGGUCAGAAUCAGAUAAAGAAAAUAAAGAAGACGCUUCAAUGGGAGAGAUUACUGGCAGGUGUCUCGCUGAUGGAUUGUUUGCCAUAUGCUCAGGUUCCUUCUUAUUCGAAGCACAUGCCUAUCAAAUGACCAGAGAUGCUCUGCUUCCAUCUCAUCACCCGGCGCUGCUCAAAGCCGUACCAAAUUUAUGGUUUAAAAUUGCCAAGAAUUACAAUCUUGUACCAAAGGAUUUCUUACGUAUCUACAGCAACGAAGUGAGGAAGAUGUUAAUCCAGAAUUAUAAACCGGUGCCGAACUACGAAAAUGCACUUAUAAAAAUUGUAUCACUUGCACCGGAUGCUUUUCUACCCGCUCUAGUGUCGAACGUUACGAGCAAACUUGAUGAUCCAGAGAUCUUACGAGUUACGAAGGACGAAUAUUUCACGUAUCUUACUCCCGAGGGAGAGCUCUACGAUAAGAGCGUAUUGCCCGUUAAUGAUGAGAACGAUAUCCUUGGUUCUAUGAAUAUGAAAAGAGAAAGUAAAGUUUACUCAUUUAAGGAACAGCAAGAGGAGCUACAACUACGGCGCGAGUUAUAUGAGAAACGAAAGAGAGAAGGCAAGAUAAAGGAACCAAAGUUAACGCCUAAACAAGAAGAAACUAUAAAGGCACAGAUUGCGAAGGAGAAUGGUAUUCGCAAGAGAUUAACCGAAUUAAAAGCUAAGAUAGAUAACACUGUAUCCCUAGUAGCAUGCUCGAUACGCGGCAAUCAGCAAGAGUUAUCUUUGUACUUAAAGGAUCUUCUACCAACCAUUUUGAAGAAUCUAGGUUCUCCAUUGGCAGCACCCGAGAUGUCAGAGCUUUAUGUAUCUCUUCGCCAAACAGUGACGAUAGAUAAUAGUACAAUUCUAGGUGAUCUUAUUGCUCACGUUACGCUGCGACAGUUGCAACCGCAGUGCGACUUGGACCAAUCUUGGGAAGAAGAAAAUUUAGAUGUGGCGGUUAAAAGAACGUUAAAUCUUAUACAUGCAGUGACGAUCAAGAAGAAGGAAUUGUUCACGGCGCCUGCAUUCUGUUACGUUUUUCCCUUUAUAAGGAAGACUUUGACAUCAUAUAAGGACGAGGGCAUGAUCGUACAAGGACUGCAAUUGAUUCAAGAACAUGCUAAGCAGAGAGGCAGCACUACCGAUUUAAAAGAUCUCAGGCAUCCCAGACUUUUACCACGCAAGCAAAUGUUCGAUUUGCUUAUUGAACUUAUGGAGACCACCACGAGCCGAGUGCAGUCUCAUGCGGUAGCGACUUUGCUAGAUGUCGCACAGUCUGGCAGCGGUCAACCGGGUACGGCAAUCGCCACUAGCGAGGACAUAGACUCGUUGAUUGGCGCAUUACAGAAUUCAUUGUCGACCGUGAGAGACGCGGCUCUUAGAGGAUUAACGGUGAUACGACAGGCCUUCCCGUCUCAGAAAGAGGAUCAGGAUCAGCUCAAUAGACUCACAAGGAGAGUGUGGAUCGCUCAAUUUGACGUAAAUGACGAAAACAAGAUCCUUGCUAACGAAUUGUGGAACGCGGCUGACUUUACCGCGCAAGCGGAGGUCCUCUGCGAAGAACUGAUUCAGGAUAUCGCUCAUCCAGUCGAACCAGUGCAACAAGCGGCCGCACACGCGCUAGCCCAGAGCUUGGCCAACGUACCACAUCUAACGCCAACUGUGUUAGAUAGCCUGUUACAAUUAUAUCAGGAGAAAUUGGCUAUGAUCCCACCAAAGUUGAACGAUUUUGGUCGUGUUAUCGAACAGCCGAUCGACACAUGGGGUCCUCGGCGCGGAGUAGCGCUCGCUCUCGCUCAAAUAGCGCCGCUUCUCACCGCCGACACGGUGCAUCGACUUAUUCAAUUUUUCGUUCUAACUGGACUCGGUGAUCGAAAUCAAUCCGUACGCACUGAGAUGCUUACAGCUGCUGUCGCAGCGGUCGACCUUCACGGCAGUGCGAACAUUACGUCACUGCUACCAGUUUUCGAAAACUUCAUGGAUAAGGCCCCAAAGAUUGGCAGUUUCGACUCGAUCAAGCAAUCGGUGGUGAUCCUCAUGGGAUCCCUGGCAAGACAUUUGGACAAAAACGAUCCGCGAAUCAAACCUAUUGUGAUGCGCCUCAUUGCGGCACUCUCCACACCAUCUCAGCAAGUACAGGAAGCCGUAGCUAAUUGUCUGCCGCAUCUGACAGACGCCAUUAAGGAGGACGCACCGAAAAUUGUAGACAAUCUAAUGGAUCAGUUGCUGAAAUCAGACAAGUACGGAGAGCGUAAGGGUGCAGCAUACGGAUUGGCAGGGCUUAUCAAAGGUAUGGGAAUUCUCGCGUUGAAGCAACUGGACAUUAUGAGCAAACUAACUCAUGCUAUCCAAGACAAAAAGAACUACAGACAUCGCGAAGGUGCAUUAUUUGCGUUCGAGAUGCUAUGUACAAUGCUUGGAAGAUUGUUCGAGCCUUAUAUCGUUCAUGUACUGCCACACUUGCUGUUGUGCUUUGGCGAUUCGAGUCAGUACGUGAGAACCGCUACCGAUGACACUGCCAGAGUAGUUAUGAGCAAACUUUCUGCCCAUGGCGUCAAACUUGUUCUGCCAAGUCUACUGGCGGCACUGGAAGAAGAUUCGUGGAGAACGAAAACAGGAUCUGUCGAGUUACUUGGCGCUAUGGCGUACUGUGCACCAAAACAGUUAAGCAGCUGCCUGCCAAGUAUCGUCCCAAAAUUGAUAGAAGUGCUCAGCGAUUCUCAUACAAAAGUACAAGAAGCCGGCGCAGAAGCGCUCAAGGUCAUCGGAAGCGUCAUCCGCAAUCCGGAGAUUCAAGCUAUCGUGCCUGUGUUGUUAAAAGCGCUACAGGAUCCCUCACAUAAAACAGCCACUUGCUUGCAAACAUUACUGGAUACGCAAUUUGUACAUUUUAUCGAUGCUCCAUCGCUAGCUUUGAUCAUGCCUGUUGUACAACGCGCGUUUCUCGAUCGUUCAACAGAAACUAGAAAGAUGGCCGCGCAAAUCAUUGGCAAUAUGUACUCCUUAACAGAUCAGAAAGAUCUGACUCCAUACCUGCCGACUAUUAUUCCAGGUCUGAAGACAAGUUUGCUUGAUCCAGUGCCCGAAGUACGUAGUGUAUCGGCGAGAGCGCUGGGUGCAAUGGUACGAGGAAUGGGCGAGUCUAGCUUCGAAGAUCUACUACCUUGGUUGAUGCAAACACUGACUUCCGAAACUAGCAGUGUCGACAGAUCUGGAGCUGCCCAAGGUCUCUCCGAAGUGGUGCGCGGACUAGGAGUCGAGAAACUUCACAAACUUAUGCCCGAGAUCAUUAGUACCGCAGAGAGAACUGAUAUCGCUCCCCACGUUAAGGAUGGAUACAUUAUGAUGUUCAUAUAUAUGCCGAGUGCAUUUACCACAGAAUUCACUCCAUAUAUUGGACAGAUAAUCAAUCCUAUAUUGAAGGCAUUGGCCGACGAGAACGAAUACGUACGGGAAACUGCAUUAAGGGCAGGACAACGUAUCGUUACACUUUAUGCUGAUUCAGCUAUAAUGCUGUUAUUACCGGAACUGGAGAAGGGUCUCUUCGACGAUAAUUGGCGUAUCCGAUAUUCGUCUGUGCAACUAUUGGGCGAUCUACUUUAUAGGAUCUCUGGUGUAUCGGGCAAAAUGUCAACCGAGACCGCGAGCGAAGAUGAUAACUUUGGUACAGAACAAUCACAUUAUGCUAUUAUAAAUGCUUUGGGUGCGGAGAGACGAAAUCGUGUUUUGGCCGGACUAUACAUGGGACGAUCGGACGUGGCUCUUAUGGUCCGUCAAGCAGCUCUCCACGUUUGGAAGGUAGUGGUAACGAAUACACCGAGAACGCUACGAGAAAUAUUACCAACGUUGUUUACUCUUUUGCUGGGAUGUUUGGCGAGCACGAGUUACGACAAAAGGCAGGUAGCCGCUCGGACGUUGGGCGAUCUCGUUCGGAAAUUGGGAGAACGAGUAUUGCCAGAAAUCAUACCGAUUUUGGAAAAAGGUUUACAGAGUGAUCAAGCCGAUCAGCGUCAAGGAGUAUGCAUAGGUCUGUCGGAAAUUAUGGCGAGCACCAACAAAGAUAUGGUCCUUACCUUUGUCAUUAGCCUCGUGCCAACGGUGAGAAAAGCACUGUGCGAUCCGUUGCCGGAGGUUCGACAAGCUGCUGCCAAAACUUUCGACGGCUUACAUUCCACGGUGGGUGUUCGUGCCCUCGAUGAUAUAUUGCCGGCAAUGUUGACGCAAUUGAACUCGCCCGACCAUGCAGAGGCAGAGAACACUUUGGACGGUUUACGUCAAGUGAUGGCGAUCAAGUCGCGCGUUGUAUUGCCGUAUCUAGUCCCACAAUUAGCCUCACCGCCGGUUAACACAAAAGCACUAUCGAUACUGGCCAGCGUGGCAGGUGAAGCAUUGACAAGAUUCCUCCAUAGGAUUUUACCAGCAUUACUCACUGCUCUUUCUAGUGCGCAAGGAACGGCAAACGAACUGCAGGAGUUAGAGUAUUGUCAGGCUGUUGUUCUUUCCGUCACCGACGAAGUAGGCGUCAGGACCGUGAUGGAUCAGUUAAUGGAAGCCACAAGAGCGGAGGAUCUCUCGAAACGGCGGAGCGCCGCGACAUUGCUUUGCGCGUUCUGUCGUGACACUCGCGCCGAUUAUAGUCAGUAUGUCCCGCAAUUGCUUAGAGGUUUAAUUCACUUAUUCACCGAUGAAGACAGGGAUGUGUUACAGAUGAGUUGGGAGGCACUUACAGCCGUCACAAAGACUCUUUCAUCUGAUCAGCAAAUAGCGCAUGUACAGGACAUUAGGCAAGCCGUUCGGUUUGCGGUGUCUGAUUUGAAAGGUCAAGAAUUAUUACCCGGAUUUUGUCUUCCCAAGGGAAUCACACCGAUUUUACCGAUCUUCAGAGAGGCAAUACUGAAUGGCUUGCCGGAAGCAAAAGAACAUGCAGCUCAAGGGUUGGGAGAAGUUAUAAGAUUGUCCAGCGCGGCCGCGUUGCAACCGAGCGUCGUACACAUUACCGGUCCGCUUAUCCGAAUUCUUGGUGACCGUUUUAAUUGGAGCGUUAAGGCAGCCGUCCUCGAGACGCUUGCUAUAUUACUUGGGAAGGUUGGCGUUAUGCUGAAACAAUUCUUGCCGCAAUUGCAAACUACAUUCUUGAGAGCUUUGAACGAUAGUAAUCGGCAGGUCAGAUUGAAAGCAGCUUAUGCUCUUAGCAAUCUGAUUGUCAUCCAUACACGUGUUGAUCCUUUAUUCACUGAACUUCACACUGGCAUCAAAACAGGAGAUGAUCCAGCGAUAAGGGAAACAAUGUUGCAAGCUCUCAGAGGUGUACUGACCCCGGCUGGCGACAAAAUGACUGAUCCUAUGAAGAAACAGGUGUUUGCAACGCUCAGCAGCAUGCUUGGUCAUUCAGAGGAUAUAACGAGGAAUGCAGUCGCUGGUUGUUUCGGCGCUCUUUUGCGAUGGUUAACUCCGGAGCAAUUAGCGGUUGCAUUUAAUGAUCAUCUCUUAUGUAACGAUGUUAAUGCCGACUGGAUGCUCAGGCAUGGACGUUCAGCUGCGCUUUUCGUAGCACUAAAGGAAUCACCUGACACGGUAUACAAUCCUAAAGAGAAGGAUCGUGUUUGCACAGUGAUACUUUCCUAUUUGGCUGCUGAUAGAGUACAGAUUGUCAUGAACGGCGUACGAGCGUGUGGAUAUCUAUUUCAGUAUCUUAUGAAUGAAUCGCAAUCAAUACCACAGCAAAUUUUGUCGCCUUUUGUGAGGUCGAUGAAUAAUAACAGCAACGAUGUGAAGCAACUACUCGCCCGAGUUUGCAUUCAUCUCGCGCGUAACAUACCACCUGAAAAUAUGUCACCUGAACUGCUCAGGGCACUUUUGCCAAUGUUGGUAAACGGCACGAAAGAGAAGAACGGAUAUGUCAAAGCAAACAGCGAGCUCGCACUUAUCGCAGUGCUUCGGCUGAGACAGGGCGAAGAAGAACAUCAGCGUUGCAUGGCUUUCUUGGACGCUGGUGCAAAAGAGUCUUUGUCUGAUGUGGUCAGCAAAGUGUUGCGUAAAGUUCUCUCUCAACCGGAGGGCAAAAUAGAGGAAUUGGAUGAUACGUUACUCACGUGAGAGAUAUUGUACUUCCCGGGGCUUAUUACGCACUAUACCCGUUCCAAUAAUCGUAUUACUCGUCAUUAUUCGCCCGACUCCUAUAAAGAAGAGAAUUAUCGUUCAUGUAUCAGCUGCAUUAUGAACAAAUUAGCUCGUUCAACAUUGUAUCUCGAUAAACAAUUAAAGAGCGUGAAGCGGAACUGUCGCUCAAUGGCGUUCAAGUUACUUAAACUAAGAUGUCCUGAAUAUAUCAAACGAUUCGAACUAGAAUUGUACAUACUUUUACGAAAGAUGUUUUCUAUGAUUCAUAUAACGGCCGCCUGACAUCUAACGCUCUCAACGUCGAUAAUCGCACCAGCGUUUUCCCACUUAAAAGAUCAUAGGUGACAGUCUGUAUCUCUCUAUUAUCGAGAUUUCUUUGUGUUGAAGAAGAAACAAGAUAUAUUGUUUAAGUCCUUACGUUUUGUUCAUAAUCGCAUUUAUGUUAAACAUAAUCACAUUAUGAAAUUUUUUAUAGACUUAACAUCGUUGUACUAUAUAUACGUUGU